AUGAAUUUCAUGAAUAAUAUUGUAGUGAUGAUCACUUCAUUUAUAUUGCAAACAGUUGUGGUGUUAGCCGUCAAUGAGGACGAGAUACAAGAGCUGCCCGGCCUCUACCAACGCACACCAUAUAAGCAAUAUUCUGGUCAUUUAAAUGCAUCAAAAGGCAGACAUCACUUCUACUGGCUAUUCGAGAGUCAGACCAACCCGGAGACGGCGCCUGUAGUGUUGUGGUUGAAUGGAGGGCCGGGUUGUAGUUCACUGAUCGGUCUGUUCACAGAGAACGGGCCCUUCAAAGCGGACUCUGAGGGCAAGAAUCUGACCUUAAAUAAGAACACUUGGAAUUCUGUGGCAAAUGUUAUAUAUAUGGAAUCCCCGGCCGGAGUGGGAUUCAGUUAUGUGGACUCCGGUGUCAAUCCCAAUAAUACGGACGAGUCGACCGCUCGCGACAAUUACAUAGCUCUCCAAAGCUUCUUCCAAAAGUAUCCCAAACUGAAGGCCAACCCGUUUUAUAUAACUGGAGAAAGUUAUGCCGGAGUUUAUAUACCAAUGUUAGCCAAACUUAUAUUUGACGACAAGUCAGACAUUAAUCUCAAAGGUGUUGCUAUUGGAAAUGGUCUUUUGGACAGUCAGUAUCUAAUGGACAGUCAGAAUGACUUUGCCUUUGCUCAUGGAUUAAUGUCAACUGAAAAUUAUAAGAACUUAAUCGCAAAUUGUUGUACUUUAAAGGCAGGACAACCAUUAAAGUGUGAUUAUAGACAAAAUAGCACAUACAUGAGCUCAUUCACUAUCCCUUUAACUAGUAAAUGUCUUGAAUAUCAACGGGAAUACAUGUUUCCAACAAAUCUAUAUAACAUUUACGACGACUGUCCACCACUUAACGCUUACUAUCAAACAAUAACAGAAACUAAUAGAAAACUAUUUGGUGAGAGGUUUGCCAAUACUUUGGACAAACAGUUGACAAACAAUGAUAAAAGCGAUUCCCAAGCUGUCAAUUGUAUCGCUGAAAACUACACCUCAUAUCUAAAUAGGGCUGAAGUACGCAAAGCAUUGCAUAUUCCCGAUCAGUUAAAAGGUGUGAAAUGGACGGACUGUGGGGACGCCCACUAUGAGGGAGAAGGUCUGUCACAAAAGGACAAUAUAUUGCAAUUGAUUGAGAAGUAUAAGUUACAAAAGACAGUCGUAUACAAUGGAGACUUUGACGCCCAGUGCGACUUCAUAGCUGACCACCGGUUUGUGGACGACUUGGGCCUCAAAGUGAGCGAACAGCUCAGGCAAUGGAAAGUGAAUGGAGGGGCGAUCGGAGGUACUGUUAAGCGAUACGCGGGUGGUGUGAGUGCAGUGGUGGUGAGGGGUGCCGGACAUAUGGUGCCCACCGAUAAACCCGAAGCCGCACUCGCUAUCAUCAAGGAUUUGAUUGGUGUCCAACAGAUAUAACAAAUUCACAUUUGCU